AUGACUGCCGAAGAUCAACUCCGUCAGGAUCUUGAGGCAGAAAUAGCAGCGCGGCAGGAACUCGAAAGUGCCUUGCAGAAGGCGGCCGAAUACGGUCAAGACCUGCUGGCACAAGUUCAGGAGCAUGAACGCACCAUCCAAGAGUAUCGGGAGAAGGAGCGAGCUGUGGAGCCAGACUCGUUCAAGAGUCAGGCACAGCGCCGGCAGUCGACGGCCCGUCGUGCAAGCACGAUCUCUUUCCCUCGAACUCACGUUUCCAAUGGGGACGGGGAAGACAGCGUCACUCGCACCGGCAGCAUGCCUCGUCGAGUCGGCUUCUUGCCAGGUAGUCCCGAUAGCGAUGAUGAGGUGCAGGAGCCCAAAGCAAGGCCAGCCAAAGCCGUGCCUCGACGUGGCCGUGGCGGUCAGACCAUGGUGGUGGAAGACCUCAUGCAGCAGAACCAAUCGCUGGAAGAGGACCUGCGACGGCUGCAGGUAAACUACCAGAAGCUGCAGGAUCAAGACGACUCAGAGGAAGACGAAGAGGAUGAAGGAUCUGAAAGGAAACCCAAAAGAAAAUCCAGGAAAUGCAGUUCGAUCAGAGACGUCGAUGAAGUGGUUCCAGACGAAGAAGUGUCCGAUCCAGAUCUACAACAGCAGGCGGAUGAGAUUGAAGAACUACGGCAAGCUUUGCGUACAGCACAGAAGGAGGCUGCCAAGCAGCUGCAGACACUGGAAGCAGAAGUAGAGUCAAAAAAGCAGGAGGUUGAGGAAAGAAGAGCUGCAGAGCAGGUGGCAAAGUCAAACGCUGCACAAAGCGAAAGCAAGUGCAAGGUUCUGCAAGAAAGGCUACAAGUUAUGGCGGAGGAAAACGACAAGACGGAGAGGGAGUUGCAAGUCGCCAAAGCCAAACAGCGGGACUUGACCUUCCAGCUGGAAGAGCAGGCCUUGAGAAACAAGGCCAGGAACCAGCGAAAAUGGAUGCCCACCGCCUGCGAGGAAGCAUUACACAGUGCGGCAGAACGAGCAUCUCUGGCGGACGAGUUCCAGAACAUGGAUGACGAAUCUGAGGUCGUAGACGAAUCCAAAGAGAUGGAGGAGGUGGAUGGUGAAGAAGGAGACACAGAGGAAGAUACGCAGGGCAAGGUCGACGCUUCGAUUGAAGUACAAAGCCUGAGAGAGGAGCUCGCAGCAGCGAAGGCCGAUGCUGAAUCUUCCAAGGAGGUUGCCACUCUUCUCCAGCAAGAAUCCGAGGAAGCCAAGGCAUGGGCACUUGCUGAAGGGCAGCCAAUCUCUUGCCCGAUGCGCCAGCGAGACCCUUCAACUUUUGUGGCUGGCGAGUGUCGCACAAGCUGCAGACGACUGCCGGAUCCUGCCCACUUUGGCCCGACAAACACGUACCAACACUUGAGCACUCUCUCCAUCUGUGCGUGA